AUGCUUGAUCUAAAGGAUAUGGUUGCCUUCCCUACAACUGCUCCAUCUCGUGAGCAGUUAGAGAAUAGCAUCAUUAAAUCUAAUGAUGCAUCUUCCUCUCCUUUGGUGCGUCAAAUAGAAAAAGAGAACCAUGUAGACCGCAUUCUUCAAAAAUCAGUUAUUCGUACAACUGAACUAGAUCAUGCAUUAAUGGAUUCUAUCACGGAUUCAGUUGCAGAUACUAUCCGUAGCAAAGAUUUUGAUAUUUUGCGUCGUCAUGGGCAACCCUUUUUGGAAGCAUUUCUACGUAGAGCUAAAGUACAAUCUGCUCAUCGUAAAGCAUUAAAGGUAUACAUUAAAUGGAGAAAGAGGUAUGGUAAUCCUAAAGCAGAGAUGGACUUGACCGAAAAGUUGACGCGUCCUGAAGUAUCUACAAUCAUGAGAACUUCACGUGUGCUUCAUUUUUGUCGUACUCCACUCAUCUUUUGUGAUCCCGAAAAAGAAUGGCCUAAUUUAGCAGAAGGUUCCAAUGGAAGGGCUAUUGUGAUAGAAUGGUUUAAUAACAUGGCAAACUCAUUAAUGUCAGAAUACGCGGCGUACUUGGAAAGCGCCGAUAUGCAAUAUAUUGAUUUUGCAAAGUCAGAUGAUAUUGGAUAUAAUGACGAUUUUAUAUUUAGAACAUCAAAGUUCAGUUUAGGCAAACAUAUAACAGCAGAAUGCGCACCCACGUUUUUACUAAGAGUAUUUGAAGGUGGAUCUAUUAUAUGUGAAGUUCGAUUAACUGGUGUAUUUGUAUCUGUUACCCUUUAUACAUUACACCGUCAGUAUGGACGUUUGGAUUAUAAUCGUUUCCGUCACGAAACACGAAUGAAGAAAAGAACAAACUUUAAAAAGUUUGAAGAAAAUUCAGGUCAUUUUAAACAAAUGAUUCAUAUCAAUUCAUUUGUAUAUGAUUUCCAGCUUCAUUAUAUACAGAAAAUGCUUGACAAUCCUGAAAAAGUACCAGCUGAUUUAGAUAUUCUAUCUUUUGUUCGUCGAUUUGCUUUGAUGAAUCAGCAACCAUCGCCCUAUUCUAAAGAUCGUAUUAUUCAUGGUUUUUAUCAAUUUGAUAUAACUGAUAUCGAAACUUCAACAUUCCUUGUAACACUUUUUAAAUAUGCACCUCGUUAUGGUCUGUUAAAUGUGACAACUAACAAUAGCUGUUCAGCUGUAACAGUAUCUAGUUUUGAUUUGUCUUUUAAUUCAGAAACUUCCAUCCAUCUUACUCAUUCAAACUGGAAAUAUACUUUAGUUAUUUGUCCAGCAAAUGAUGAAACAUCUAAUAUGAUAUCUAAACCACAAUAUGAAGAUACGUCAAUCAGUAAUAUUAAUCAGAUUAAUCUUGAAUAUUUUGUUUUGGCUGUUUAUCAAGGUUCAAUUACUCCAGAGUCUAUGACACAAACUAGCUGGGUUAAGUGUGAUAAUUGUUCGCCAUCAGAUAAUGUUUUAUCUAAUUUCGCAUUACCUGAAGAAGGUUACACUUUAGCAGAUAUAGUUCGUAAUGCAAGGAUUAGAAUAGAUAAUAUUGUUUCAGAGGUAUAUGAGAUUUUACAAUACAUAUUAUUAAAUCCUAAUUUGUUACAUGCAGGUUAUUAUUAG